AUGAGCAGAUCGAUGUUUAGGAAAAAAGACGAUGGGAAGAGAAGAAGAGUAAAGGUAGAGCUCGUAACCGCCGUCGACGUAUUCCCCUAUUCUCUUGAAUCUGCAAUAUCGCAAAACAGAGGCCGAAAUCGAACACGCGACGAUGAUAUAAUCAUCAAACACAGGCUUCUCACCAGAACAACAACCACAAGAGGUGAACCUCCAUUGAAAAAGCUUCAGAAAAAAUUCACAUCUUUUGCUCUGGAAACCGAGAAAGACUCAGAGAAUUAUGCCGAGUGUGAGAGGCUUGCGAAGGCAUUCUUACAGGAACUCAAAACUUUCGAGCUCCCAUUGGUGAAAACAAAAGCGGUUAUUGAUGCAAAUGUUAGAGAGAAGGAGAAUUUCAAUGAGUUGAAUGAUAAGAUUAAUCGGAAGAUAGUGGAGGCACAUGAUGACAUUGAGGAUUUGAAGAAGCAACUUGAGGAGAGUAAGGUUGAGCGGAAGCAUAAGGAGGAGUGUGAGACAAUUAGGAAGCUGAUUGCUGCACAACCUCCAAGAUCUCAAACUCAGAAGCUGAUUAAUGAUCUGGAGAAAGAGAUUGCAUCUUUGGAAGCUGAGAAUACUGCAAGUUCAAGGACAUUAGAGCUUCGGAAGAAACAAUUUGCUCUUCUGUUACAUGUGGUGGAUGAGUUGCAGAAUACAAUUGAGGAAGAACAAAAGAGUAUGAUGGAGGAAAUGAGAAUGGCAAUUUAUGAAAACAAGAACAUUGUUGAGGAUGCUACUGUGUCUGUUACUGGUGGAAGUUCAGAAACUCCUAUGGCAAUUGAUUAAUAUGUAUGUAUCUUUUACUUUCUCUCAUUUGUAUCUCAUAUAAUAUCCCUCAAAUUCUUCAACAUUUUAAGGGUCUUUUAGUUGCAUUGUUUUCAUUUCUCAUUUCAUGACUUCUUUAUAGUUGUAAAAUAUUGUCUUCAUGUGAUUUGGUGGUGUUUAGCUUUUUGACAUGUGAAAUAGGAAAGGGUUAAAUACUAGAAUUAGCAA